UUCUGGAUAGCUUACAAAUAACGCGGAGAGGAAACAGUGAAGAAACAAAAAGAACACAAGUCAUAUCGUUUUUUGCCGACUGGAGAAAAUAUAUCUUUCUUCCUGCUUCUUGGUUUUCAACUAGAGUUAUCGUUUGAAAUCGGUUUGAUUCAGCAGCCAUGGCUAACGCGGCAUCAGGAAUGGCUGUGCAUGAUGAUUGCAAGCUCAAAUUUUUGGAACUGAAAGCGAAAAGAACUUUCCGUACCAUUGUCUACAAGAUUGAGGACAAGCAAGUGGUGGUGGACAAACUCGGUGAGCCAGAACAAUCAUACGAUGACUUUGCAGCGAGUCUUCCCGACAACGAAUGUCGAUAUGCCAUUUAUGACUUCGACUUUGUCACCGAAGAGAACUGCCAGAAGAGCAAGAUUUUCUUCAUCGCAUGGUCUCCUGACACUGCCAAAGUGAGAGACAAGAUGAUAUACGCGAGCUCUAAGGAUAGGUUCAAGAGAGAACUGGAUGGGAUUCAAGUGGAGCUUCAAGCAACCGAUCCAACCGAGAUGGGGCUUGAUGUUUUCAAGAGCCGCACCAACUAAAAAGCUAAAACCCCUCCUCCUUGUGAAUGGUGGAGGGGCCCUUGAAUAAAUUUGUUUCUGGAGUGAAUUUAUGUGUAUGCUGUUAACUGUUGUUCCCUCUGACGGUUAUGAAACUAUUAACAUCUUCCUUUUAUUUGGCUAUUGUUAUCGUCUUUCGUGUUCUCUUGAUGAUCAUGUGUUUCAUCAUCUAUGAACUUGUGAGAUUGUAGCUGCCUUGCCUUCUGGCGGUUUGCAAUCUUUUGUGUCAGUUUAUGUACAACAAUACUUUGAAAAAUCAGAUUGGAGUUUAUUGAUU